UCGGCCCGGUGCGCGCCGGGCGGGGAUGCGGGAGGGGCGCCGGGAGCGGUUCCCCUCUGCCCGUCCGCGGCCGCGUAAGGGGCGCCCGCGCUGCCGCCACCAUGAAGAAGCAAUUCAACCGCAUGCGCCAGCUCGCCAACCAGACCGUGGGCAGGGCUGAGAAGACAGAGGUGCUGAGCGAAGAUCUCCUGCAGGUGGAGAAGCGGCUGGAGCUGGUGAAGCAGGUAUCCCACAGCACCCACAAGAAGCUGACAGCAUGCCUGCAAGGCCAGCAGGGCGUGGAUGCCGACAAGCGCUCGAAGAAGCUGCCGCUGACGACGCUGGCGCAGUGCCUGACGGAGGGCUCGGCCGUGCUGGGCGAUGACUCCCUGCUGGGGAAGAUGCUGCGGCUGUGCGGGGAGGCGGAGGACAAGCUGGCGCAGGAACUCAUCCAAUUCGAGCUGCAGGUGGAGAGGGACGUCAUCGAGCCGCUCUUCGUGCUGGCUGAGGUGGAAAUCCCAAAUAUCCAGAAGCAGAGGAAGCACUUAGCGAAGCUGGUGCUGGACAUGGACUCCUCGAGGACGAGGUGGCAGCAGUCUGCAAAGUCCUCGGGGCUGUCGAGCAACCUGCAGCCAUCGGGUGCCAAAGCCGAUGCUCUCAGGGAGGAGAUGGAGGAGGCAGCGAACAGAGUAGAGAUUUGCAGGGACCAGCUCUCGGCUGACAUGUACAGUUUCGUGGCCAAAGAAAUAGACUAUGCAAACUACUUCCAAACGCUGAUCGAGGUGCAAGCCGAGUACCACAGGAAGUCACUGGCACUUCUGCAGAAUGUGCUGCCUCAGAUCAAGGCCCAGCAGGAAGCGUGGAUGGAGAAGCCGUCCUUUGGGAAGCCGCUGGAGGAGCACCUGGCUGUCAGUGGGCGAGAGAUCGCCUUCCCAGUGGAGGCCUGUGUCACCAUGCUGCUGGAGUGCGGCAUGCAGGAGGAGGGCCUGUUCCGUGUGGCUCCCUCUGCCUCCAAGCUGAAGAAGCUGAAGGCUGCCCUGGACUGCUGCGUGGUGGACGUGCAGGAGUACUCAGCUGACCCGCAUGCCAUUGCAGGAGCACUCAAGUCCUACCUGCGCGAGCUGCCAGAACCACUGAUGACAUUCGAGCUGUACGAGGAGUGGAUCCAGGCCUCCAACAUCCCAGAGCAGGAGAAGAGGCUGCAGGCCCUAUGGAAUGCCUGUGAGAAGCUGCCCAAGGCCAACUACAACAACAUCAGGUACCUGAUCAAAUUCCUGGCCAAGUUGACUGAAUACCAGGACAUGAACAAAAUGACACCAAGCAACGUGGCCAUCGUGCUGGGUCCCAACCUUCUAUGGCCACAGGCUGAAGGGAAUAUCACGGAGAUGAUGACGACCGUCUCCCUGCAGAUUGUGGGCAUCAUUGAGCCGCUCAUCCAGCACGCCGACUGGUUCUUCCCUGGAGACAUUGAAUUCAAUGUCACUGGCAAUUAUGGCAGCCCCAUGCACGUGAACCACAAUGCCAACUACAGCUCCAUGCCCUCCCCAGACAUGGACCAUGCUGACCGCAAGCAGCACGACCAGGCACGGCGGCCACUCAGUGUGGCCACGGAUAACAUGAUGCUGGAGUUUUACAAGAAGGAUGGCAUGGGUGUCAGGGUGAUGGACACCUCGUGGGUGGCACGUAAAGGCACCUCAGGAGCACGCAAGACACCUGCUACCCCACCGGCCACUCAGCCACCUGCACCACCCGCCGAGCUGCCCGCCACGCCGCACUCACCCAUCCCUGAGCAGGUUCCUGAUGUGUCAGCAAGCCCCUCAUCUCCUGCCACCAGCUUUGGCUUCCCGCCCGCAGCCGAGCGGGCAAGCACGCGUGGUGUGCCGCCCGCCUGGCCGGAUUGCUGCUACAGCCUUCCCUGCCCCGAGGACAAGCGGGGGCCCCCGGCCCCUGGUCCCCAUCCCUGUCCCCUGCCCUGGACACAACCUGCACUGCGCCUCUGGCCGGGUUGCAGCCAGAGCCUUCCUCCCUCCCGUUCUUCCUCCUCUUCCUCCUGCUCCCCCCGGCCACUCACCCCCCACCCUCGCCCCAAGCCUUGCUCCCUGCUGGUCCCCACACCACGCUCUCUUGCCCCAUGGCACUGCCCACUCCCUAUCGCCGCCCCACUGCUCCUCCCCAGCCCCCGGUCCCACAUGCUGCCCUCUCCCCCCGGGGGCGGCCGCAUGCCUGCGGGAGCCGACCUGGCCAGCACACUAAAGCCCAAGGAGCUGUCCCCCAUUUCCACAGCACAGAAGGGUGGUGGGCAGCAGCCCAUGGCCACACCAUCAUCUCCCGCCGAGCAGAGCCCACGCGCCCCACGCAAAGCCUCCAAGAAGCUGGCGCCCAUCCCACCCAAAGCGCCCUCCUCAGGGGGCACAUCGGAGCCGCCGGCGGGCCAGCCAUCCCCCGGCAGCCUGUCCCCAACCCCGCCAGGCACCCCCGCGCCCUAUGGACUCGCUUACCCGCAAGGCUACUGCCUGGCCUCAGGUCAGCUGUCCCCAGCCGCCGCACCUUCCCCGUCUCCUCCUCCUCCUCCUCUUCCUCCCCUGGGCAGCUCUGUAACCAAAUCUCGACCCGUCCCCAAGCCGAGGCAGAGGCCCUCGCUGCCGCCGCCGCAGCCCCCCACGGCCAGCGCGUCCGGCUCUAGCCCCCAGCCCACGGAGCCCCCCCUGCUCGACGCCGUGGCCCCCGGGGAGAGCGUGCCCACAGGUCUGCUGCACUUCGAGCUGCCGUCCAUCCACCUGGGGGGCAUGGAGGCCACGCUGCGCCGGGACCCGCUGGACGCCGCGCAGAGAGUGCAGCUGAAGGGCCCUGCAGAGGAGGAGGAGGACUCGGAGAGCACGGCCCUAUGACGGCGUCCCCUCCGCCCAUCCUUGCGGCCCCCAGCCCCGCACCCGGGUGCUGCCAAUCUGUAGUGGGGUUCGGUUCGCCUUAUCCAGACUUUGCCUUGUGACUCGGUGCCUAUGUCCCCCCCGGCACGUCCUCGUGGUGGCAGCGGGGCUGGAGAGGCACCGGAGCCCCAUUCCCUUCUGAUGUGGGGCAGCAGCCCGGGGUCUCGUCUCCCCGCUCCGUACCCCCAUGGCUGGGAUAUGAGGAUAAGCCCAUAGCAAUAAGGCGGGUGUGGGGCACGGCCCCGUCCCCUGUUUGCUGUCGUCGUGGGUUGGUGGCGUGGAGCAGAGGCUUUGGUUGUGCAUGCAAAGACAAAGUCACCUUUUAUCCUUUUCAGAGAGAUGACAUAUAUAUAUAUCUGGUGG